CUGGCCAUGCAGGUGGUGGGCACCCUGGCCUGGGGCUUCUGUCUGGGGCUCCUGCUCGGCUGUGCGGCCCUCGGCUCCCCAGAGAGCAACAAGGAGCGCAAUCUCUACAACCGCCUUUUUGACAACUAUGACAAGUCCCAGUGGCCGGUCCAGAGAACGGACGAAGUGCUCCAGGUCUUCUUGAAGCUGACCCUCACCAACCUCAUCUCACUGAAUGCCAAAGAGGAGACGCUGACCACCAAUGUCUGGAUUGCUCAGCAAUGGGUGGACUAUCGACUGAACUUCACCAAGGAGGAAUAUGACAAAGAGCUGCGGGUCCCGGCUGACCACGUGUGGCUGCCAGACAUCGUCCUGGAGAACAAGUGCGUGGGAGGGCCACGGGAGCUGCCGAAGGGAGGUGCCUUCCUCCUCCUAACCUUAACCCUUCCCCCCACCAGCAUUGAUGGCAACUUUGAGGUGGCCUAUUCCGCCAACGUCCUGAUCUCCCCCGGGGGGGAAAUGUACUGGCAGCCUCCUGCCAUCUUCCGCAGCUCCUGCCCCAUCGAGGUCACCUUCUUCCCUUUCGACUGGCAGAACUGCUCCCUCAUCUUCCGGUGGGUCGGGGCCCCCGUGACUCUGGGCAGGGGGGCAUCUGCGACUCCUUGCUGUGCCUUGGGGAUUGCUCAAGGAGAGUGGGAGGCCCGGCCUUCCCCCGGCCUCCUGCUCUUCUGCUCCUCCAGGUCCAAAACCCACAAUGCCCGGGAGGUCGAGCUGCAGUACGGCCUCAACGACACCACCUUCAUGCCAGUGGAGGAGGUCAUCAUUGAAGACUUCACAGAGAAUGGGGAGUGGGCCUUAAUAUAUCGGCCAGCCCGCCGGGUCUUGGCCCCCAUCGCCGGGCUGGAGGCACCGGGCUUCUCCGAGAUCCACUACUUCCUCAUCAUCCAGCGCAAGCCGCUCUUCUACAUCAUCAACAUCAUCGUGCCCUGCGUGCUCAUCUCCUCCCUGGUGGUCCUGGUCUACUUCCUGCCCGCCCAGGCCGGUGGCCAGAAGUGCACGGUCAGCAUCUCGGUCCUGCUGGCCCAGACGGUCUUCCUCUUCCUGAUUGCCCAGAAGGUGCCCGCAACGUCACUCAGCGUCCCCCUCAUUGGCAAGUACCUGCUCUUUGUGAUGACGGUGGCCACCCUGAUCGUCACGAACUGCGUCGUGGUGCUGAACAUCUCCCUGCGCAGCCCCAGCACCCACCUCCUGUCCCCCAGGCUCAAGCGCCUCUUCCUCAAGAUCCUCCCGCACUACCUGGGCUCCACCAUUGGCCCUGCAGACGAGGAGUUCCAGGGCGCCCCCUGCCCUCGGCGCUCCCUCUCCCUCUUGGUCAAGGCUGAGGAGUACAUCCUGAAGAAGGCCCGGAGCGAGGUCCUCUUUGAGCACCAGGGCCAGCGCCACGGGCUGCAGAGGGUGCCCGAUUACGAUGGGCUGGACGUGCAGAUGACCACCAUGCUGUACAAGAACCUCUCCAGCCUGGCUCCAGAGAUCAAGGAGUGUGUGGACGCCUGCAACUUCAUCAGCAAGAGCACAAAGGAGCAGAACAGCGACGGGGCGGAGAUGGAGAACUGGAUGCUGAUCGGACAGAUGAUUGACAAGCUCUGCUUCUGGCUGGCCAUCCUGCUCUUUACCAUCGGCACCCUGGCUAUCUUCUUCAUGGGACACCUUAACACGGUGCCCGAGGACCCCUUCCCCAGCCAGUAGGGCGAGGGGCUCCUCUGCAGCCUCCGGCCAGCCGCGAACGGCCUCACCACCUCUCUCUCGUUUGGUAUGGGGGACUGUGCCGUUCUCAGCCCCAGAUGCAUCUGGGGGUCAGCAGCCGCCCCUUCUGCUCAGCGAUGAAGGGCUUUGUGCAGCCCCAAAGCUUGCACGUGUGUGUGUGUGGACACCAGCCGGCUUCAUUUGAAUAAAAGCUUUGAGCCCUUCUUUCUCUCCCCCCCA